AUUUGAGCAUGCCUAAAAAGAAAGGUCGUAACGCUGCAAGGAACAAACAAGAUGAUGAAGAUGACCAAUUAGAUUUGGAGAACGUAAAAGAUGGCAUCGAGGAAAUCGAAGAAGAAGCUGCAGCUCCUAAGAAAGCUAUGACUAACAAGGAAAAAAAGAAAGCGAAGCGAAAGGCUGAAAUGAUGGCUCAAUUGGAAGAUGAAGCUGACGAAGGUUUAUCUACCUUCAGCGCCACUCAACAGGAAAAGAAAAUAGCUGAUAAAUUAGCGGAGAACUGUAAUGAUAUCAAGAUUGAAAAGUUCUCGAUAUCAGCAGCUGGGAAAGAUCUUUUCGUUAAUGCUGAACUUUCUAUAGUAGCUGGAAGAAGAUACGGUAUUGUGGGACCUAACGGUCACGGAAAGACAACAUUGUUACGACACAUGGCUCACCGUAUCCUAGCUAUCCCCGCUAACAUUGACGUUUUGCUGUGUGAACAAGAAGUAAAGGCUGACGAAACACCUGCUGUUCAGGCUGUCUUGAGAUCAGAUUUGAAGAGGGUCAAACUCGAAACUGAGUUGAAGAAGCUGGAAGCUGAAAUGGAAGCAGGUAACGACGACGCAGCUGACCGUUUGAACGAAGUACACGAAGAGCUGAUAGCGAUGGGAGCGGAGGCAGCAGAAGGCCGAGCCAGGAGGAUCCUAUCAGGUCUCCAGUUCACCAGGGAGAUGCAGGAGAGACCAACUCAGGACUUCUCGGGGGGCUGGAGGAUGAGAGUUUCCCUUGCCAGGGCUCUGUUUUUGGAACCAACUCUACUUAUGUUAGACGAACCCACAAAUCACUUGGAUCUGAACGCUGUUAUUUGGCUUGACAACUAUCUUCAGGGAUGGAAGAAAACACUUCUUAUCGUUUCUCACGACCAAGAUUUCUUGAAUAACGUGUGCACAGACAUUAUACACUUAGACCAGCAGAAGCUACACUACUACAGAGGAAACUACAACGACUUUAAGAAGAUGAAUGUACAAAAAAGGAAGGAGCAAGAAAAAGCGUAUGAAAAACAGGAGAAACGUUUGAAGGAGCUCAAGAAGUCAGGAGCAAGUAAAAAGCAAGCAGAGGCGAAGCAGAAAACACAGCAGAAACAGAAAAACAAGAACAAGAAAGAUGUGGAUGACGACGGGCCACAGGUUGAAGAGUUACUAAAGCGACCACAAGAGUAUAAAGUAAAGUUCACAUUUCCCAGUCCCCCAUCUCUGAGUCCACCUAUUCUUGGUCUUUAUGAUGUAACAUUCGGCUACUCCGACCAACCUAAGCUAUUCAACAACAUAGAGUUCGGGCUGGAUAUGGAGAGUAGAAUAGCUAUAGUGGGUCCUAACGGGGUGGGUAAGUCUACACUCCUCAACCUGCUACUUGGCAAACUGGAACCUAAUGUUGGAGAACGCAGAGUCAACCACCGCCUGAGGAUAGGAACGUACAACCAGCACGCGGCGGACCAGUUUCCGUACGAGAAGACGGCUGUGGAGUACCUACAGGACCAGUUUAACCUGGACUACCAGGACGCGAGGAAGAACCUUGGGAGAUAUGGACUUGCUAGUCAUGCCCACACUAUCAAGAUAAAAGCGUUAUCAGGCGGCCAGAAAGCGAGGGUAGUGUUCGCAGAUCUGAGUCUCCGAGAGCCCGAUAUACUGAUUCUAGACGAACCUACAAACAACCUGGAUCUGGAGAGUAUAGACGCUCUGGCAGAGGCCAUUAACGAGUUCACUGGAGGGGUAGUGAUAGUUUCCCACGACUCUCGACUCAUCACAGAAACGAACUGUAACUUGUGGAUAGUUGAGGACCAGUCUAUAGAACAGAUAGACGGAGAUUUCCUGGACUACAAACAGGAAGUGUUGGAGUCACUGGGCGAGGAGGUUAUCCCCUCCCCGACCGGGGAGUUAUAACUCUUACUAACGGUUACCUGGUUACCUGGUUACCUGGUUACCUGGUUACCUGGUUACCUGGGCGAGGAGGUUAUCCCCUCCCCGACCGGGGAGUUAUAACUCUUAGUAACGGUUACCUGGUUACCUGGUUACCUGGUUACCUGGUUACCUGGUUACCUGGUUACCUGGUUACCUGGUUACCUGGGCGAGGAGGUUAUCCCCUCCCCGACCGGGGAGUUAUAACUCUUACUAACGGUGCUCUUUUAGUUGUUAUGGAAUCGUUUACAUGUUACCAUGGUUACGUAAGCCACGUAUCUGCCAUUUAAACCUCUCCUUCGCGAGUUAUUAGGCAGUAAAGAUAGUUAUUAGCAUAACCAUUACAUGGCAUAAGUUAUGUGUAAAUUACCUAUAUUGCUAAACAACCCUCCGGCCACUGACCACUUCAUAGCUAACCUAAUAUGUAAACCCCCUAGCUAACUAAUCUAAUACCCCCCCUCCGGCCCCCUGGCUAACUAAUCUAAUACCCCCCUCCCCCCUCCGGCCCCCUGGCUAACUAAUCUAAUGUGUAAACGAUAUCGUGUUGUUGGGCGUGCAAGUGUUCCAAACAUUUGAGCUCGGCUUUUUUAGCCGUGCUACACGUCAUUUAUUUGUGGUAAAAGUGUUGUUAUCUUCAAAAUUAAUAUUUUUACCUCCU